ACCUCCACCAAUUCCUUCUUCUUCUUCGGAUUUCGUCAUACCCGCGAGAUGGGAUUCCUCGAUGCUGAUGUUCCCCGCCUCAAAAUUUUGGAUUUCUCCAUCAGAUUGCUUCUCGUUCCUUUCAAUCUUGUUGCCAUAUGGAUUGCUGUCAACAACCGCGAGAAUAACAUUGAUUAUGGCGAGUUGGAGUUUGCCGAUUUCAUAGGUCUCAAGUACAUGGUUUGCAUCAGUGCCGUAUCCGCAGGAUAUGCUCUGUUUGCUGCUGUGAGUUCAUGGAUCAGAUGCUUAGUGACUAGAGCAUGGAUUUUCUUCGUCGCUGAUCAGCUCUUGAACCAGGUACUGGCAUACUUAAUGGUGACAUCAGUAGCUACACUAGUGGAGUUUCUUUACUUGGCCUACAAUGGGGACCAAGUGGUUUCAUGGAGCCAAGCUUGUGCUUCUUAUGGGAAGUUCUGCAGUAGACUGAAAAUAGCUGUGUCUCUGCAUGUAAUUGGAGUUUGUUGUUUCUUGGUAUUGGCUGUAAUAUCUGCUUUCAGGGUGUUUAGGAGGUAUGACCCUCCUUUUGUUUCUUCUAAAGAGGGUGAACAAGCUGCUGCAACCUGAGUUUUCAUGCCCUUUUUUAAUUGGGAUCACAUGCUGUUUGUUUCUUCA